AUGAAUCUCCAAGGCUGUGAGGGCAACUAUAGAGUAUCAACCAAGUGGGAAAAGACCAAGAGGUAAAUCGAGAAAGCGAUGGUUCGAUGGGGUCAGCCAGGAUUUAAGGACGCUGGACGUAGAAGAUCGGAGGGAAAUCAUUGAGGAUAAGGAAAUUUAGAAGGCUGUGAAAGUGGCGGGGCGAAGACUCUUAGAGAUUCAUAAAGCCAAGAAGAAGAUACCUAUUAAGCACACACAAUACAGUGUGUGCGACAGUCUCUGUUUUCGGAGAAAAUUCGAUGAAAAGCACACAUCACAUCAUAGUGAAACAAACAUGAUAUUGCUCGCUACAUUCAGAAACUGUAAGUCAUUAUCCACUAAUGAUGAUGAUUUAUAAUACGUAAUAUAUUAAUUGUUUGUUAGAACAAUAUUAUUAGUCUGUUAACAAAUCGCAAACCGUUAUUGGCAGGACGCCUAGGUCCUGCACAUGCGGAGUGCUCAUUAAAUAGGUAGCUAAAUAAUUAUAAUGUUUUCAACGACUUAUAUAUAUAAAUAAUAUAAUACAUAUAGGUAGGUAGAUUCCUCAACGACUUGUUCAAAACGCGCAAGUAUACGGUUAUAGAAGUACGAACAGCCGUAUUUUCUCUGGCGAUCGAGAAUACUGAAACACACGGACACAGAGAAACCUAAACACAAAUAUAAAACACGCGUAAACGACAUCGGACAGUUUUGUAUGUAAAUGAAUGUGUACGGCCGACCAGGCGCGGGUCAUUUAUUAUUAUCUACGGGACGACUUAUUUUUUUUUAAUGCCAUUUCGUGAAACUAAUGAUGUUCACGGAGUUUUUAAACAAUGACAAAGUAUUCGUGCGUCAACUAAUCGAAUGGACCGGGACUCGAACCCAUACAUAUAUAUUUAUAAACCUACACGGGCAUAGCCGGUACAUGUAAGUAUAUGCGUACCUGCACGCGAACGGGGUUGAUUCACUGUGAUUCCCCUAGACUUGUCACACGAACACACAUAAUAUAAUAUUAUAUUUUCUCCGGACGGCGGUCGUAAGUCGUAACGAUCGUUUUGAUAAUAAUAUUAUAAUAAUAUUAUGUCCACCGCUGCAGCUGCGUGCCGAGAGGAAUUUCGAAUAUUUUUUUUUUAUAUCUACGAUAUUGUUACGACUAGGGAGAAAAACGAAAAUUACAACAUUGUGUUCGUAUAUACGAGUAUGAUAUAGGCAGGUACUAUCCAACCUACGCAUAUAUAUAUACAUAUAUACAUAAGUAAACAAUAAGGAAUUUCAAAAUCAAUAAGUGCAUAAUAUAUAUAUUAUAUACACACACACAUAUAUGUGUGUGUGUGUGUGUGUGUGUGUAUAGGUACCGCUUAUACUAAAAAAUAAGUCACUUUUCUGGUCUCUAUAUACCUAUAGGCAUUUCAUCGUUACUUUUUAGUUACUUCUUCUCGGCUAACAAACGAUUGAGAACACUUAAAAUUCACAAAGAACUCACGUCUGACCCGAAAAAAACUAAUACGAUUGAGAACGAAUUUACUUAGAACGUUGCCAUAUUACCAUUUAUUGAGUGUCGAACGAUUCUUCACGUAGUACUCGUAUUUUUUUGGUUGAAAGAUUGUUUUUCGACACAGUCGCAAAUCACCAAUUCUCACCACUUAAUGGAAAACUACCUUUUUUUAACUACACACGUGUCUAUAAUAAUCGAUAUUAUGUAAUAUUUUAUUUUGUUUGUAAUUUUAUUUUUAACAAUAUGCAAUUUUUUAAAAAUUCGGGCUUAGGAAAGUCGUGAUCCUUAGAUCCAUCAUGAAACGUUUUUAAAAAUCAAUUAAGCGUUAUCAAACGUAUAUUUACAGUUUAAUCGUUUCGUUCGUUGUCUAAACCUCUGAGCUAUAAUACGUCUAAAAGUCAUUUUGAGAUAUGUAAAAUAUCAUAAUUGAAUAAUGCUUGUAUCUCAUUUGUAAAUUAAAAUAUUCAAAAAAAAGGGGCCAAAUUUACAAAGACAAUGUUUUUAUUUUCAAGUUUGAUUAUUAGUAAAUUCACUCAAAUAUUAAAACUAACAGCACAAAGUUAUUCCUGCUGAAUAACUGCAAUUUUCUAUUGUAUACGUUUUCAAGACGGAGACAGCACAUGCGGGUAUCACGAAAUCUUAAAAAUAUGUUUCAGAAAAAAAAAAUCAAUCGAUUAAAUGUAUUAAUAUAAUUGUACAUAAUAAUAAUAAUACCCUACUUAUGUAUACAUUUAUUUUCUCAGCUUACAGGUCUUGAAGGCCUUUUGAUGCUUCUACCAAAAUCCAUUAUUCUCGAUCACCCAUCACAUGUUCAAUUCCCGUUGUUUCCACUGUUUCUAGGCUUUUUAAAUCUUAGUUCACUGUAUCUAAUCAUCUCUGGUUUAUUGAUGAAGAUCUUGUGUAUUAAUUAUCCGUUGCCCGCCAAGUAUCAGCCUUAUUACGUUGCAUAAGUUAUUUUGUUAGUAAUAAUAUUAUAUUUAUAUGUAUAUAUAUUCAUCAAAUAGCAAUGUAUUGGUUUUUUUUCUCUCUGUUAAAAAUCACACAGGUAAAUAAUUUGAAAAAAAAAAAUCGAAAUAGAUACCUACCUAAUGGUACAUAAGCAUAUUAUCUACUUAUGAACUAUGAUUAAAAUCAACCCCGAAGAAAUAUGUUGGCUAUUAUAAAUUAUAUGCGUUUAUAUGACUCGAAACAUCUAAAAAAAAAAAAAUAUACGAAAGUACCUACAUAGAAACUUUAUAUUUGAUAAAAUAUAAUAAUUUAUGUAUACGUAUAUAAAUAUUAUACUGGUUAGAUACGAGUAAGCCGUUCGCGCGGUCGGUACGGGCUUCUUUGAGGUUGAUAUAUGACGCAAAUAGGUAAUUUUUAUGGUCAAACACAAACGAGCAUGACCAGAGUUCACAAUUUAAGAAAACAAAACAACAUAGUUCUACGCGCCGAUCAUCAUAAUAAUAAUAUUAAACGUUUAAACAUUUUACUUAUAACCGACAAGUUGUUUUUUUUUUUUUUUUUUUUAAUGUUGCACCGAAAAAACACGAUGCGCACCGCCUCAACCAAUAAAAACAGAUAUAUUUGUCAGAUAAGUAGACAAUUUCCCAAACGUUUGUUCCUCGGUCCGUUCCGACGUCAUUAGCAAAAUGUUCAGUCGUUAUUUUAUUCGUUUUAUUAGGAUAAAAACCACGGUUUAACCAUAGAAUGACUGUUAUUAAUACGAGUUCAAAUAAAUAUACCAUUUACUAAAAAAAAAAAAUAUUAUAGUAAAUAACGUUUGUGUAUAAUAUAUUCUACCUAUAAAUAUUAUAUAAGGUCAAUACUAAUUUGCAUUGGAAUUGGUGUGUACCAAAUCAUUUUCUCACAAUAAUAUUGUGCGUUUAUACUUUGUUCACACAUUGUUUGUGUUUCAUGCAAUUGCCGGGCAGUUUUACACAUUGAUGAAUAAUAUUUUGUUAACCAAUUUUUACCAGAAUAUUGAAAAUUCAUAUAAAAUAAAAAAUUAUUAAAAUGAUAUUGAUAAUUUAUCAUAUAGAAAAAAGGUGUCCAAAAAAUUUUAAUUAACACUAGGGACAAGAGACAAACAGAAAUGGCAGUUAUUGUUAUGUUGCUUGUGUAAUGGAACAGUUGCACGCCGUAGUUUCUGUGUUAAAAUACAUUUCAACGACAAUUUUUUCUAAUAUAAUCAAGAUAAUAUAAGAGAAGUAUUUAAAUAAUUUGACAAUUUUAAUGAAAAUUAUUAUUUUUGAUAACUAUUAACAUAGUUGGUAAACACAAUGAUUAUAUUUAAUAUUUUUCCAAAAAAAUUCUCAUCGAAUAAUCAAUUUACAUUGUAUAAUACAGAAGUGGAAUUUAAAGGUCAUGUCACUCCCUAGACAUUCUGUUUAACUGUACGUGUAAAUACUUUUUUUUUUUUAAUUAUAUCCAUAUUUAUUAAUAUAAAUAAAUGUAUUUCAUCUAAAUGGCGUACUGGCAAAAAUGAUUGUGAAAUUGAUUAUAAAAUUAAAAACAAAAACGUAAUUCUUAUUGAGAGAAUUAGUAUCAAUAAUACAGCUAUUGAUCUAAGAAAUAUUAAAUAAAGGGAAAAUAAUUGGAAAACCGCAUUUAAUUGCUCGAUGUACAAAAAUGGAAAAAAGUGGAUAACUUUUUUUUUUAGACUUACGACGUACGACAGCAUUAAAAGAGAAGUUAUGGAAAGUACUGGAAAAAUUUGGCAAACUAUGGUAGCCAAGUUAAUCCGACUAAUAAGAGAACGUAACACUGAAACGUACUGUUAA